AUGGCUGGCGAGGGCUCUCACUGCCUCGCUCUCGUUGCGAAGGCCUUAGGUGACAGCGUUGAGGUGUUGUCAAUAGUGGGCAAGGUUGCAAGGACCCUCGCCCAAGGCUGCCCAAAGCCAAUGAGGGCCCUCGUAGCCUCAUCAAUAGCUGGCGAGGUCUCAAUGGCCUUGCCUAGUGCCUUUGUGGCCAAGGGCAAGCUAGACGAUGUGGUUUGUUCCAAACUUGAGAUCGUGAUGGGCCUUAUGGCUUUAAUUGCAAUCGCAGUUUCCCACUGGAAGUACAAAUGGAGAAUUCGUUCUAGUGGUGGAAAGCUCCCUCCUGGUUCCAUGGGGUUUCCCCUCAUAGGAGAGACCAUUGAGUUCUUCAUGCCUAGCAAAUCCGUUGACAUACCUCCUUUCCUCAAGAAAAGGACUAAAAGGUACGGAACGUUGUUCAAAACGAACUUGGUGGGUCGACCGGCAGUGAUAUCGGCAGAUCCUGAUUUCAAUAGAUUCAUUCUUCUUGAAGAAGGGAAAUCAGUAGAAAUGUGGUACUUAGAUGCAUUUGCCAAGCUCUUAGGUCAUGACACUACUACAGACUUAGAAGUUAAGACGAAUGUAACUGGGUACAUACACAAACAUGUAACUAAUGUGAUCCUAAAUCACUUUGGUCCUGAGAGACUCAAAGAUAAGCUCCUUCCUCAACUUCAAGCCAUGGCAGAGAAAACCUUAAAUGCUUGGUCAACUCGAGAAUUUGUAGAGGUGAAACGUGAUUGUGCCAUGAUGAUAUUUAAUUUGACUUCAGAACUUUUAUUUAGCUACGAUGCCGAGAGAACAGGGGAAAAUCUAACGGGGGACAUCAGCAGACUCUAUCAAGGUCUUAUGUCUCUCCCAAUAAACAUUCCUGGCACGACCUUUCACGAGAGUUUAAAGAGUCAAAAGAAGCUGUUGAACAUCAUUGAACGGGAGAUCACCGAAAGAAUUGCAUCGCCUGGAAUACGCAAAAGAGACUUGCUUGACCAUCUCCUGGAGGACAUGAAAACUCAGACGUUUCUCACGCGUGAUUUCAUUACCUACCUGAUGGUUGCGCUAAUGGUUGCUAGCCUCGAAACAGUUUCCACUGGUUUAACCAUGACCAUAAAGCUUAUCACAGAAAGCCCUCGAGCGGUUCAAGAACUAAUUAAGGAAAAUGAGGAAGCGCUUCGCAACCGAAGGAUUUCAGGCAAAGAAGAAAUUACGUGGGAAGAAUACAAAUCAAUGGCUUACACGAUGCAAGUGAUCAAUGAGUCGUUCAGAUUGGCUAGCAUUUCGCCCGGCAUUGUUAGAAGAGCACUUAAAGACAUUCACUGGAAUGGAUAUAUAAUCCCUAAAGAUUGGACGAUUAUCAUGGUUCAAACUGGUCUACAUCUGAACCCAGAAGCUUUCGUAGACCCCCUAAACUUUAAUCCCUCGAGAUGGAAGCAACAGGAUAUCGAAAAAGUGAGAGCGAAUUAUUAUAUACCGUUUGGAGGGGGUGGGAGGCCAUGCGCUGGAGCUGAAUUUACCAAAGCUGUGUAUGCUGUAUUUCUCCAAGUUCUGGUGACAAAGUAUAGGUGGGUAAAGGUAAAGGGAGGAGAAGUUGCACGGACUCCCAUGUUGGAUUUCGGAGGUGGUUUUCAUAUUAAGGUCUCUAAGAUUCAAGAAUAA